AUGGCUGUUAUUCGUAGAGGAUUUGCUGCAAACAAGAGAGGUACUGUAACUUCUCCACUCUCUUUUCUCUCUUCAUCUUUUCAUAAUCUCAGCCACGGAAAUAGGCCCUCUUCGCCAAAGCCCAGAAUAGAUUUCAGUUGUAUUCAUCAAGUAGAUGAUGCUGUUUUCUUGUUUCGUCAAAUGCUCAGAAUGCGCCCACAGCCCUUUGUUGUUCAGUUCACCAAACUGUUGAAUGUUGUUGUCAAGAUGAAACAAUACCGUGUUGCCCUUAAUAUAUUCGACGAAAUGCGUCAAUCGGGUGCCCCUGUAGACGAGUAUACAUUGACUCUCGUGAUUAAUUGCUAUUGCCUUCUCAACCGAGUAGACUUUGGAUUUGCUAUCUUGGGCAGUUUCUUCAAGCGCGGAUACGAGCCAAAUAUCAUUACUUUCACCACACUUAUAAAAGGGCUCUUUUUAGAUGAUAAAGUCGUCGAGGCAGAAAAAUUAUUCAAAAAGUUAUUGACGCUGAAACUCUGCGAACCCAAUGAAGUUACUAUUCUUACUGUGAUAAAUGGGCUAUGCAAAGCUGGACACACUCUCACUGCAUAUGAUUUGCUUCGGUUAUUUGAAAAGACAAGCUUCAAACCUGAUGUUAAAACUUAUAGCACAGUAAUUGAUAGUUUGUGCAAGGAUCGUAUGGUUGAUGAUGCGCUCCAGCUCCUAGCCAAAAUGAUUGACAAGGGCAUUUCACCUGAUAUUGUCACAUAUAGUGCUAUACUUUGGGGUUUGUGCAAUUUCGGCAGAUGGAAAGAGGCGAAAGACUUAAUUACUAAAAUGGUGGAUCACAAGAUAUCUCUAAAUGUGAUUACUUUCAAUAUAUUGGUGGAUGCAUUUUGCAAGGAAGGACUGGUCAAAGAGGCUGAGGAUGUUGUUGAAAUUAUGAUGCAAAGAAACAUUUUUCCUGAUGUUGUCACGUACACUACUCUCAUAGAUGGUUACAGCUUGGUUGGGCAAAUUGAUAAAGCAAGACAAGUAUUUGACUCCAUGCCAGGUAAAGGUUUGAAGCCUUGUAUCAUUAGCUAUAGUAGCUUGAUCAAUGGAUAUUGCAAGAAUGGAAAGGUAGAGGAAGCUUGGGCCCUUUUCCUCGAAGUUCGUCGUAAAGGGUUAGAUUACGAUGUAGUUACCUAUAACACCAUGGUACAAGGAUUAUUUGGUGCAGGUAGAUGUGCUGAUGGAUUGAAGCUUUUCAAAGAUAUGCACACUCAUCAACUAAUUCCCGAUGUAGUGACUUACACUACCUUAUUGAAUGGCUUGUGCAUGAACAAGCAUAUUGAUGAAGCAUUUUCUUUCCUACACAUAAUGGAAGAACAAGGUGUUAAUCCUGACAUAACUACAUACAGUAUACUCAUCCAUGGAUCAUGCAAGGAUGGAAAACUUGAGAUUGCCAGAGAUCUUUUCAAUAGCCUCCCUUGUAAAGGUUUGCGACCUAAUGUUCAAUUAUAUAGUAUCAUUAUUGGUUCACUGUGUCAAGAAGGACAUGUAGAGGAGGCAAAAUGUUUGUUUGUGGAAAUGGAAAAAAGUGGUUGUGCACCUGAUAGUGUGACAUAUAACGUUUGUAUCCAAGGUCUGCUUAAAAGAAAGUUACUUGCCGAGGCAAAGGCGCGCUUGGAUGAAAUGCACAAGCGAGGAUUCUCACCCGAUUCAACUACUGUGUCUCUAUUCCUUGAUCAACAACAAGAAGAAGGUUUGAGAAUGGAUAUAGUCUGGUUGGGCUCGAAGCCUUCUAUCAUUAGCUAUAAUAGCUUGAUUAAUGGUUAUUGCAAGAAGGGAGAGGUAGAGGAAGCUUGGCGCCUUUUCCUUGAAACCAUGCUAUAUGGAUUACUUGCUGGAGGUAGAUGUGUUGAUGUAUUGAAGCUUUUCAAAGAUAUGCAAGCACAAGUACUAAUUCUAUAUGGAUUACUUGGUGGAGGUAGAUGUGUUGAUGGAUUGAAGCUUUUCAAAGAUAUGCAAGCACAAGUACUAAUUCUUGAUUUAGUAACUUAUAAUACCUUGUUGAACGGCUUGUGCAUGAACAAGCAAAUUGCUGAAGCAUUUUCAUUCCUACACAUAAUGGAAGAGAAAGGUGUUAAUCCUAAUAUAACCACAUACAAUACACUCAUCCAUGGAUUAUGCAAGUAUGGAAUACUAGAGAUUACAAGAAAACUUUUCAAUAGCCUUUCUUCAAAAGGUUUGCAGCCUGAUAUUAGGACGUAUACUAUCAUUAUUGGUUCACUUUGUCAAGAAGGACUUAUAGAGGAGGAAAAAAGUUUGCUUAUAGAAAUGGAUAAAAGUGGUUGUGCGCCUAAUACUGUGACAUAUAAUGUCUGUAUCCAGCAUUUGCUUAAAAGGAAGGGGCUUUGUGAGGCAAAGACAUUCUUGGUUGAUAUGAAAAGACUAGUAUUCUCACCUGGUUCAACAAUUGUGUUGUUGUUACUGGGAGAUCGAGAUAGUAUUUGUUCAGAAAUAACAGAGAAGCUUUUACCAAAAAUAUAA